UCGCGGCUCCAAGUCCAGCCGUGGGGUCAGGGAACGAAUACAAUAGAACUAGUGCAGCCUUCAGUCCCCCCGGAUAUAUCUACAACUAAUGCAACGUCUGUCUGUCUGUCUGACUGACGAGAGCUUUGGGCGGCAGUAAAACCUGUGCAAACUCUGCGUCAUGUACGCGAUACGGUUCUACAAUGCCCACAUAAGAAAUGGCGCUGAUUAGUUUUUCCGGCCGCCAUUUCAAAGGACGACUUUCUUUAGCGGUUUAACGAGACGCUCACUUCCUGUUCCGUUUAAUCCCGAUGACGUUUGUUUUGGCAACCCUGUUCUCCAAUGGUUAUGCAGACCCUUUGCACGCCGUCCAAUCAGGUCCACCGCUGCUGUUCGGAAGCUCGUGCGUCUCAUUAGGCAUCCAUUUUGUUCGCUGCUUCAGCCGCUAGAGUUGGGUGUGACGGAGCGGAGAGGUCUGGGCUGCUGACUGGGGAUCGUCUGUGGAGAAAGGCGGACAAGAACCGUUCUCUGGAGAAAGAACAGAUUGUGAAACAAUGGUGAAGUUAUUUGUUGGAAAUCUGCCUCCCGAGGCCACUCAGCCAGAGCUGAAGUCGUUGUUUGAGCAGUUUGGUCGUGUGACCGAGUGCGAUAUCAUUAAAAAUUAUGGCUUUGUCCAUAUGGACGACAGAAAGGCGGCAGAUGAAGCCGUACAUAAUUUAAACCAGUACAAGCUGCAUAACGUUGCUAUCAAUGUGGAACACAGUCGUGGAAAGCCUAAGGCCUCCACUAAGCUCCAUGUCAGCAACCUCAGCAGUAGCUGCACCAGCGACGAACUGCGCGCCAAAUUUGAAGAAUACGGGGCAGUCCUAGAGUGUGAUAUUGUCAAGGACUACGCCUUCGUCCACAUGGAGAGGUCGGCUGAAGCACUGGAUGCCAUCAAGAAUCUGGAGAACACUGAAUUCAAAGGCAAACGGAUGCACGUACAGCUCUCAACAAGCCGCCUGCGAGUCACCCCGGGAAUGGGAGACAGGACUCUGUGCUAUCGUUGCGGGAAGGACGGCCACUGGUCCAAAGAGUGCCCUCUAGAUCAAAUGGCCAAGGAGCAGGCGUCGGGCUACCCCCCUGAAUCAUUUCCAGACCCUUAUGGCCCCAUGCGCAGUGCAGCUGGUCCUUACAGAACGGCCUAUGCUGAACGUGUUUUCUACGACGAUCGAGAACGAUUUAGCAUCAUUGACUACUACCAACGCUACCGCGUGCGCCCCUCCUCUUAUGAUACGAUACUCGAGAGACGGCUGACUGGCCUGCCCCCUGCAGCCGCCACAGUUUCAUACAGGGAACGCAUUGAAUCUUUCCCAUACGAGAGGCAUUUACUACCCCCACCACCCCAACUUCCCAGCUCCUAUUACGCUCGGGAGCGUAGCCCUAUACGACGCUCCUCUUCUGCUUCCUCCAGCAUGGAAAUAUACAGAACGGAGCGGCGCCUCUCCCCCAUUAUGCGGAAUCCCUUCGCUGACGAUCCUCGAUGCCCCCGGGAUUCCUACUAUGAUCGGGUGCAAUAUUUGUAAUCUGUGAAGGUAAGAUAUUUUCGGGCUCCGACGCGGUCUGCAGUUCGUUGCGUUCGCAUUAAAUUCUUACCUCGGUUCUUCGAAAAUUUGCCAACCCUCAACUAAUGUUUCGCUUAAUUUUUUUUUAAGGUAGAAUGAGCUGUAUUUUUUUUCGCAACCCAAUUUUUCAAAAUAUAUUUACAGUAAAAAACCUCAAUUUUACAUCCCCUGAUUUUAAGUUUUACAUUAUUUUACAUUGUUGUUUUGUGGUCCCUCCUAUAUAUUCUGCAUAAUAGUUUUUCCUGGAUUUUACACCAUUUUUUUCUGGUCCCCUGAAAAAUGUAAAAUUGGGGUUCUACUGUAGUUGGGGGUCGUAGAUAAAGGCUAAACUAAAGGCAGUGCUGUUCAUUUGUCAACAUCAACAGUGUGCAAAUAUUAACUGCUGCUUGCAAUUUUUAUACGGGCGUAAAGUGUUUUAUAAGUUUGUUUUUUUAAUCGUUAAAAGUGUAUCUGAAGAAGGGUUCAGUCUACUUUCAAUCAUUGUUGAGCCAAAUAUUAGAUAUUUUGUGCAACUAAAUUUAAGUUAAUGAAUGGAUUUCACUGCAAUUUAUAGAAGUAGACCAUUUACCUCUAAUAUUUACUUUGCAGCAGAAAGGUGGUUCUAAUAUUUCCCCUAAUGUCAUGUCAAUUAUGAUUACGAGUAUCUAAAAAUUUGCAGUUGCGUUGUUGUUCCCCUUUGUAUUGUCCAACUGUGAGGGGAAUAUGUUAACAGUGAACAUCUGUUUCCAUGAAUAAAAAGCAUUGCUUUAAAAAGA